AAGAAAUUGUAGCAUGCGUUUUUGUUUUGCUCUGCGUCGGCAGCAGAAAUCGCGCAAAAUUUUAACGACUCUGGAUUUAUAGAAAGCAUACCGCGAAGCAAGAUGAAAGAAGAAAUAAUUUUCCCAUGGAUAGCUUCUGUUUCAGACCGAUUUUACAAAACAUUUGCAUCUGAUUACUUACUAGAAGAUUUACAGUUUUUGUUGAUGAACAUUGACACUGAAGUUAACAAAGUAUUGCAGAAACAAAGCAAAGACAAAACUAAAUCACUGUUUACAGUCUUAAUAAAUUUCUACAAUCAUUUUUGUGGGAAAUUAAAGCAUCAAAAGGAUUCCUUCUAUUUGAAUGCUGUUUGUGCUAAGAUUUUGUCUUCAUUGAUCUUAAUUGGCUUAAUUUUGAGUAAUGGUAAAACUGCAACAAAAUGGAUAAAACAAAUUUUAUGUCUUAUUCGUAUGUUUCCAGGUAACUAUGAAACCAUAUACCAUUCCCUGCUGCUUAUUACUAAUUUGAAGAAAAAGCACCAUGCUUGUUAUUCUGUUAUUUUGAGACAGUUACUAUUCAGUAAAUUUCGUGAUAGUUUUCUGGAUCCAGAAACUUAUAUGACUGUUAUGCUUCUUUGUCGUCGUUUGAAACGGAUGUCAAAAAAGCAAGAUGAAUUAGAUGUUUUUUCUAUUAUUUCCAAAAUUGAACCUCCUCCUAAUAUACAAGAUUGGUUAUUGGAAAAAGUUGGUAAUAUGCAUCUAAAAAAGUCCAAACUCCUGAGUAAACAUCUUGUGACUUCCAAAUUACCUGUUUCUACCUUAGAAAAAAUUCGAAAGGUUAUAUUGGAGAAAUGGUGUUUAAAGAAUUCUUCUCAAGAUGCAAUUAUACAGAAAGCUGAAGAUGAGUUAUUUAUUAUAGACACUGGCAUUAUUUCCGUAACAAAAGGUGUCUCAACAAAUUUAAAAUGUAAAAAGAAAGUUGCUUCAAAAACUGUUGCAACAAAUUCAAAAUCAAGGAAGAAUGAUAAGAGGAAAACCGCUGUGAAAUUUUCCGAAGAGCUGCCAAAUAACAAAAAAACUAUUGCUACCACUUCAAGAGAUAUAGAAUCAUAUCGAGUUGAUUUACCAAAAGCAUUAAGACCCUUGAGCUGUGCCUGUGAUGUCUUAAAACAAAAAAACCAUAAGAGGAAACAUAAACGGAAACAGUUAAAGAAUCAUCAAACAUACUGUUCAAAUUGUGAGGAACUAGUCAUUACAGUAAAAUAUGACUCGGAUAUUGAAUCGGUAAGGCAAGCAAAAAAACGUAAAGUUGAGCAUAAGAAACCUGAAGUCGAAGAUUGCCACAAAAAUAAUCUAAUUGCACCAGAGGAAGGUGGCACAAAAACAAAUGCUAGUAGUUCUCUUAGAAAAACAAGUGUUUCAAAUGUUCUGUCUGUCAAAAAAAGAAAAAAGUUAAAGCGUCGUCAUGCUGUAAACAAGCUUUCACCUAUUAGUAUGAUGGGGGAACAUAAUGAAACUGAUAAUUCAAAUAAUUUGCAGUCUUCUUCACAACUAUGUAUUGAAACAACUUCAACAAAUCAGCAAAAUGAAGUAUUACAUAGUUCCAAUACUAGUGACUUCUCUGAACAGAAGGACAUGAUUAAGGAAAUUAAAAAUCUUGAUCAGGAUGAAAACAUAAUUAGCACAAUUUCAAAAGAAUUACCAGUUACAUCAAAUGCAAACUUUGAAUCUAUUAAUGAAAAUAAGAUGCAACCCUCUACUCAAGUUUCUUCAAAUCAAUUGAAGCUUUCAAGUGAUGAAAUUGCAACUUCAAAAGAAAACGUCCUUGAAUCUGAAUCUGCUGAAAAAGAAUUUUCGUUUGACAAUCUGAGUGAAAAGUCAAAUGUCGAAUCUGGAAGUGAUUUAAUUGAGUUAGUCUCACAAGAUUUCGAUAGUCAUGGUAUUCAUGCUAAAAAGAGCGCAACAAAUUCUCACUCUGAUGAAAUUGAUAAAGAAUUAAUAUUGACCAAUGAUAAAAAAUCAAACAUUAAGGAGUGUGAAGAAAGAUUAUUAAAACACAAUGAUAAAGGAUGCAGUUUGAAUUUUGAAAAAAAUAUUUUCCCAUGCGAGGAAAGUUCUACUCAUUUCAAUCAGUCAAAUAUAAUUAUCAUAAAGGAUCAAAAUUGCCCAGUUCCUGGAGAUGAAGUUUCAUUGUCUCAGGAUAAAGUUAGUCUUUCUGGAGAACAUAAAAAUACUAAUGAAAUGCCUUGCAAAAAAGUGGUUGCUUUAGAUGAAAGUAAAAGUAUUAAUUUAAAGAAUGUUUUAAAUUUAAAGGAGAAUGUAGAUUUGACAGAGAAUAUAGAAAAUCUCGAGAAAAUUACGAGGGAUAAUGAUGUUCUUCAGAAGCAUGAUUUUGAAAUCAACCAUGGCAAAGAAGAGGAAUUAUGUGUUUCGAGAGAAGAUGCAAAUGCUAAUGAAAUGCCAGACAAAAAAGGAAUAAAUCUAGAGAAAAUUGCUGAGGAUUAUGAGGCUACUUUGGCGCCUGAUCUUGAAAUCAACCACGACAAAGAGAAAGACAGUUCUCUCAAAAAAGGAAGGUCUGAGCUUUAUUCACACAGUAGUGAAUGUAUUCCUCUGCUAGAAGAAAACUCUGAAUUUUAUUCACACAGUGUUGAAAGCAAGCAGUUAUGCAAUAGCACCAUAGAAAAUAUUAAAAAAGAAAGAUCUACUCAUUCAGGACAGUCAAAAAUAGUUGCGAUUAAGGAUCAAAGUAGUGCAGGUUCAGAAGAAGGAAAUGAUCCUAGUGCUGUGCAGUGCAGGACUGUUUCUAAAAAUGUAAUACCAAGCUCUCAAAAUAAAAUAUGUGUUUCAGGGGAAGACACAGAUGUCAAUGAAAUUCCUAAUAAAAAAGAAAGAAACAUUGAGAAAAUUGCUCAGGAUAAUAAAGCUAUUCUACCGCCUGAUCUUGAAACCAACCAUGACAAAGAGAAAGACAAUUUUUUCGCAAAAGGAAGGGCUGAACUUUAUUCACACUGUAGUGAAUGCAUUCCUCUUCUAGAAGAAAACCCUGAAUUUUGUUCACACAGUGUUGAAAGCAAACGGUCGGGUGAUGCCACCGUAGAAAAUGUUAAGGAAAGUUCUACUCAAUCAAAUGUUGUUGUUGAGGAUCUAAGCAGCUCACUUUCAAAAGAAGAAAACAAUCCUGAUGUUGUGCAUUGUAGAAAUGAUUCUGGAAAUGCAAUACAAUGCUCACAAAAUGAAAUAUGUGUUUCAAGAGAAGAUGCAAAUGCCAAGGAAAUGCUAGCCAAAAAAGUAAAAAAUCUUGAGAGAAUCAUUAAGGAUAAUGAAGCUAUUUUGCCAGCUGAUCUUGAAAUCAAUCAUGACAAAGAGAAAGACAUUUCUCUUGCAAAAAGAGAGUCUGAUUUUCAUUCGCAAAGUACUGAGAAUAUUACUCUUCUAGACGACAAAUCUGAAUUUCAUUCACACAGUGUUGAAAGUACAAUAGAAAAUAUUAAAAAGGAAAGUUCUACUCAUUCAGGACAGUCAAAAAUAGUUGCUAUCAAGAAUCAAAGUAGCACAAUUUCAGAAGAAGAAAACAAUCCUAGUGUUGUGCAGUGUAGAAAUGAUUCUAGAGAUAAAAUUCCAUCACAAAAUAAAAUACAUGUUUCAAGAAAAGAUGAAAAUUCUAAUGAAUUUCCAGAAAAAAAAGAUAUUGUUGGGGUUGAUAGUAAAUGUGAAAAUGUUUCAAAUUCAAAAGACAUUAUGAAAUUGUCAGAGGAUACUGGCAAUCUAGAGAAAAUUACAAAGGGUAAUGAGGUUAGUCAGGCCCACGGUCAUGAAAUCUACCAUGACAAAAAAGAAAAAACUUCCCUCCCAAGAGGAAAGUCAGAGUUUCAUUCACACAGUACUGAAAAUAAUCCUAUAAUAGAAAUAAAAUAUGAAUUUUGUUCACGCAGGUCUGAAAGCAGACAUUUAACUGAUAGCACCACAGGAAAUAAUAAUAAAAAAAGUGCCAACCAUUCAAGACAGUCAAAUGUAGUUGCUAUUAAGGAUCAAAGUAGCACAGUUUCAGAAAAAGAAAACAAUCUUAGUGUUGUGCAAUGUAGAAACGAUUCUGAAAAUCUGAUUCCAUGCUCUAAAAAUGAAACAUGUGUUUCAAGCAAAGAUGCAAAUGUUAAUGAGAAACCGGACAAAAAUGAAAAAAUUCUAGAAAAAAUUACUCAGGAUAAGGUGGACAUUCUGCCAGCAGAUCUUGAUACCAACCACGACAACGAUACAGACAUUUUUCCCCCAAAAGAAAAGUCUAAAUUUCAUUCACAAAAUGCUGAAAGUAGUUCUAUCGCUGAGGAAAAGUCUGAAUUUCAUUCACACAAUUCUGAAUGCAAACAGUCGCAUGACAGCAUCAUGAAAAAGGUUGGCCAAUGUGAAGGUGAUAUGAAAUCUCCAAAGAAUAGUACUCAGCAUGGAAAUUUAAAGUUGAUUAGAAAAUAUAUAUGCAGUCCAGAUGGAAAGGAUGGUACUUGCUUAGGAUUAUCAAGCUCAGAUAGUGAAUACAUGACUUUAGAAGAACUCAAUGAAAGUAGUGAGGAAUUUGUGUUUGUAGAAUCUUCAGACUCUGUAGAUGAAAUGGAAAUGAGUAAGUCAAGUAUUUGUAUUGGAAAUGCACAUAAGCAUUCCAAGCGUUCUUCUGGAUCAUCUUCGAACCUGAAAAGAAAAGGGAGUAACUUAUCAUCUGAUGAACAACAAUGUACUCAUUUGCAAUCAGAAGAAUGCUUUGCUGAUGAGAAACAAGUGAAUUCGGUUUCCUUUCCUGAUUCUGUUGCAAGUAAGAAAUACUUGUCUUUUGCUGAAGUGUCAAAGCAUGAAAAGGGUUCUGUAAGAAAAAGGACAUUACCGUCUGUACAAACUACUUGUCAGAGUAAAUCUACCAUUGCAGAAAAAAAUGUGCAUUAUACUGAUAAUGUUAGCUCUAAAUAUAAUAUCGAAGCUACUACUAGUAAAGUUGGCAACAAAAUAUCUGUAUUAGUUGAAUUUUCUAAGAAAAAACCUAAUGAACUCAACUUUGGUAAUGCUGAAAAUUUGUCAGUGACGAGUCCUAAGAAACAACUAUGUCUAGAAAGUAGAACAAAUGAAAAUACUUCUCAGAGUGGGAAAGACAUAGAAAGUGAAACACUACCAUAUACUUUAAGAUCAGCUGGAUCACGGACUAAUAAUGAUGAUGAUGAACUAUCUAAUAAAAAGAGCCCUCAAGUAUCAUUUCAAGUUAAAGUGAAUAUGGGUAAAAGAUGUGAUGUAAAUGAAAGUUUGUCAAGUAGUGAAAUGUUGUCAAAUGCAUCCGAGACUCACUCCAACUCUGAAAUAAACAGAGAUAUAGCUUUGCAUAAAAAUGACUCUUCUGCUUCAAGAGCUUUUUCACCUUUGAUGGAAGAUUCUGUUUCACAUGAAUUGACAUCAAAACAUGAUAAAAAUUCAGAUUCUGUUUGUCAUGCAGAAGUGGUUCAUAGACCUGUUACUAGAAGUAGCCAACAAGAAGUUGAGAAAGCAUCUACUGAUUUAAAUCACAAUAGUGAUACUUCAUCCAUAAAUAAAAAAGAAUCUAACUUAUCAAAUAUGAGAGUCACAAACUUAUUUUUUGAAAAUGUUCGAGAUGAAACCGAUUCUAUCCAUAGUCAGGAGAGCUAUUCAUCUGUUGGCUCAAACACGAUAGAAUCAGAUAAUUCUGACUCCCCUGGCUUUGCUCAUUUGGAUAGGAAAAAAACAUUGCGGUCAAGUAGUAAAAAAGUAUCUAAAGAAAAAUCAAAUCUCAAACCUAAAAUUUAUCCACUUCGUAGCAAAAAUUUAAAUAACGCAGAAAGUUCCAGUAGUAAUUUGCAAUUAGGAAUUGAUUUAAGUACUCUCAGUUUGAAAUCUCCGAGCAUUAAAAUCCCUCUUUUAUCCAUGGAGGAUAAAAUUGCUGCUGACAAAAGUGUUACUGUUUCAUUGGAAAAGGUUUCUGAAGCAGGCUCAAGAAAUAUUUUUAAUCAGGGAGAAAUUGAGCUACCUAAACGGGAAACACGUUCCUCAGUGCUAAAACCUGCUAAGGAUGAUGAAAAGUUCGAGCAAAAGUCAGCUAAUGGAAGUUAUAAUUUGCGACCAAAGAGAAACAUCAUUGCACCCAGUAGACUCAAGUUGUAAAUGUAUAAAGAUUUGUUAUUUUGUAAAGUAAAGGACUAUUGUAAAAAUGUCACGUAUUUUUUUUAUGUUUUUUUUUUUUUAAUUCAUGACUAGAAUAUUUUCAGUGAGAACUGGUAACCAAAGUAAAUAUAAAGAUUUGCUGUUUUGUUGCCAACUAUUGCAAUUUUCAGUUUCUUCACUUAAUGGACCAUAAGGCUCAUAUGAGCCUAGUGUUAGUGGGCUAGGAAUUUUUAUUUAUCGUUAAAUUUCUACUGUGAUUCUAUCUUAAGCCACUACAAAAGAAAAAUUUGAAGAAAAAGUAAACAAACCCUUCUUAAGAAAAUACUGAAGGUUUCCCCCCCCCCUUCUUCUUAAUGUGAUUUUUGAAUGAAACUGCAAAGCUUGAUUUUUUUACAAAGCAUUUUAUGCCUCCAAAAGUUUUUACUCAAAAUGUGAGUUUCCAAUCAUACCAAUGUCAGGCAGAAUGAUAUUACCAAGUGUCAGGUUGCUAGGUUUAUGUUGCAAUUAGUUCUCACUGAAGACUAUAGCCCUCUGUGCGACCACUCAGUUCAGAUUUUUCGUCAUUAAUUAUACUGCAUGACAAAAUUUUCAAAAUGUUUCUGGCAUCAUUCUUGCUGAUUAAUACGUAAAAUGACCCCUGAAUCCAAGUGUAAGCAUUGUUUUCUCUGUCCCCCC